AACAAUGCACAUAAUCAUUACGGAUCGAUAAAUGAUUGUUGAAACAAUCGUCGUUUGCUUUGAUUACGAUCGAGCCCCAUUCAUGUUUAUGUCGAUGAUGGGGUGAUUAACUAAUAUGAUGUCCACUGCCUCUGGUAAUGUGGUCAACCUGGUGUUUGAUGUUUGAUGCUACCAAUCGAACGAUCGAUUAAUCCACGAAAGGAAUGUGUUUGUGCAUCAUCACCCACUAUCAGGCCUAAUGUCUAUGAAUCCUCUUUGCUAUACCAUUGGACCGGCUGCCUGUCAAUGUGUAAUGUUUGUACGAUUCGCCACUGCCAUAAUGUUUUCGUUCUUCGUAUGGUAUAAUUGUGUCGAAUCGAUAAAUCUUGUUCGAGAUGUAUGAAAAGCCUCGUUUUCGUUCUUGCUGUGUGAUAGUGGCUAUCAGACAAGCAUGGGGCCGAUACUGUUGCACAUUUUUUUCACCCAUGGGGAUGAUAUUGCUUUGAUUAGCAUCGUGGUUGGUCGGUCAUUCGAUCGCUUUUCACUAUUGACAAUUUUUAUAUGAUUGCAUAAUUAGUAACAAUGGUCGUUGGCUUCACACUAAUGACCACCUGAUUCAUCAUUGCUAAUUCGAAUUAAUGAUCAGUUCAAGUUGAUUGAUCGUUGAUCGUUCAUUGAUCACAUUUUUAUGGCAGCUGUCUGAAUCGAUCAAUUUGGUCAAACUGUCAAACGAAAAAAGAAAUACCCCAUCAUUCCGAUCGAAACAAACCGACAAACAAAUGUACAAUUUUUUACAUUCGAUCUAUUUUGAUAUGGCUACAUUCGAUUUUGUCACAUUGAUCCAGACAACAUGUAAGCACUUACAUAAAUGGAAUGGCCUUCUGGCAGUUUUGAUUUGAAUUGACAGACGACAUUGAGAAAUUCUUGCAAUCAACAAUACACAGACCACAAGCCUGUUUGGUUCGAUUUGACUGGAUGACACGUUACGAUGCUUGCAUAUCCGAAACAAACAGAAACCAAAAAAAAACCAUUGAAAUGACUAUAGACCUACAGUGAAGCAAUUGACAGUUUAGGGUGGCCAUUAUAUCGAUUCGGGUGUUACUUAUGGUGACAAUUGACAAGUGAGUAGUCCAGAAUAUAGAGAAAGCAAUUGCAUUGAAGUAGUACAGAGAAGAACCAUCAUUAUGGACUACAGAAAUUGACAAUCGGUGAAUGAUGUUCACUUUGAUAUGAUGACCAAUGACCACGACCACCGACGAAUAACGAUCCGAUUAUAGAAUCGAGCCCAUUAUCGACAGUGUUGCAGUCGAGUUGUCACCAGGCAAUCUGUAAAUCGGCUUUGGCAAAUAAGUCUAUGCACUCAAGUGUUGAACGCCUAUGUCUUUAAUGUUCAUUGCAUCAUUCGAAUCGAUUAAAAGAAUGAGUGGAAUGAACACAGCCUGGUCUGCAAUCGAUUUUUGUUGAUGAAUUUAAAUUUACAACAUGGCCAUGUUUACACAUACAAAGAUAGCGAUGAACGAUUUGCUGGAAUUUGCAUUCGUUUUGGAUGUGUGUGUGUGUAUGUGAUGUUUACGUUAGCCGAGAAGCUUAAGCUGUUGAUAAAACUCAUUUGUUGUCAUUUGCAAUCGAAUCGUCUGACUAUAAAAUGUCCGUAGACCAGCAGUGUUGGUUCUUUCACUCUGUUUAUGUGUCGGACAUCUAAUCGGCAUGAACAUAAAUUCUGCUGUCCAUUUACUAUAGUAUCAAACUAUCUAACAUUCAACCGACCAGACAACACAUUGUCUUCAUUUUUAGGUGGUAAAAUAGUCCGAAUUCUUAUUAGACGAUUGAUUGAUCCACGAAACAAAUCGAAUGAAAUAUAGACUAAUGGCAAAUCAGCGAUCCGUGUAACUCUUUGAAUCUAUCAAUCCUUGUCAUCCAUAUCUACCGUUCGCUGGCUAUUGUUGGCCAUCACAAUUGCGGCAUUCAACGGUUGCCUGUCCAUUUCAAUGUCCGAUUCAGCCUCAUCCUCACCAUCAGUAAGCACCAGUGAUCUAGCUACCUCCAUAUCCGGUUCGUCCAGCAGCAGCAGCAAUCAACAACGGACUGGUCUUGGUUUUUUGAUUGAACCGCCAAGCAGAGUUCAUUUUCUUAACGAAACUGGUGCUGUAAUUCCAUGCAAAGUGACCGGAAUACAACCAAUUCGAGUUUGGUGGUCGCUUUCCGACGGUACAGCUGUGUCGGAAAUACACGGUUUACGUAUGAUUCGACCAAAUGGCGAUCUGGUUUUGUCGCCAUUUGCUCCAUCCUUGUUCCGACAAGAUGUCCAUUCAGCCCUCUAUCGAUGUAUGGCUACAUCAUCGGAAGUGGGAACCAUUCGAAGUAGGGAUUGUGAAGUUCGUGCUGUGAUUCCUCAGCCAUAUAGCGCCCAAGUGUAUGGCGAAUAUGCAAUCGUUGGUAAUACAGGUCAUCUUAAAUGUCAAAUUCCAGCAUUCGUACGAGAACAUGUUCGUGUGAAUGCUUGGCUAAAAGGCGAUACUAUUCUGGCCACUCAUUCUCCAAUAUUCUCGCCAAAAGAUUCUCGUUACAUCAUACUGGACAAUGGCGAUUUGCUGAUCAGGAAUGUUAGCCGAUUUGAUAGUGGCUAUUAUAGUUGCCAAACGAUACAUAAAUUACAGGAAACUAUGCUCAGUUCCGUCGAAGGACAUUUCAUCGUGAACGAUGUCAUAUCGGGUGUUAGUCCAAGAAUAUCAUCUCAAUCUCCGAUCAAAACGCAGUUGGGUCAUAGUGCUCAACUUUUAUGCGUGACAAAAGCUUGGCCCCAAGCCACUGUCAGAUGGUUUCAAGCAUCUGAUUCAGGUCUAAUCACACCGAUUCGACCAUCAGGAAAUGUACAGAUCUAUGACAGCAUAGUACACAUUCGUCACGUAACUGAACAACAUUCUGGUAAUUGGAUUUGUGUGGCCAACAAUUCACUUGGCGAAGAACGAGCAUACAUUGAAUUGUACGUGAUACGUUCGAUUCAAGUAAACAUGUCACCCGAAUAUUUGGUGGCCGAUAUGACUUCUCCUGCUACCUUUGUCUGUAACGUGAGCCAAGGCCAACCAUUGUCCAUACUAUGGGUAAAAGAUGGCCAACCAAUAAUGAUGACGGGUACUAGUUCCGUUCAUAAUACGGCCAAUAAUGUAUACGUAACUAACGGCGAAGGUCGAAUUCGUCUUAUCGAACCACACGUGCUCAACAUUCGUUCGGUUGUCCGCGAAGAUGCUGGAUGCUAUCAAUGCAUCGUUCAGGCAGAAGAUCACAGCAGUACACAAGCCACGGGUGAGCUUAAAUUGGGCGACAGUCCCCCCGUAUUUGUCGACACAUUUGCCGACGGCUUGGUGUUUGAGCAAGGCAGCCACAUAUCCCUCAAAUGUUCAGCUAGUUCAACUCUGCUUCCUCAGGUUCGAUGGUUUUUGGAUGGACAAACCAUUGAUGGUUAUGCAUCGAGACGAUUGACAAUGGCCGAUUAUGUAAAAUCGAGUGGCCAUGUGGUGAGCUUUGUCAACAUAACCAACGCCAAAGUUACUGAUGGCGGCCAAUAUCGAUGUACAGCCAGCAAUAGUGCAGGUAUUGUGAGCUAUUCAGCUCGAAUAAAUGUCAUGGGGCCUGCUGCAUUACGACCCAAUUGGAUUUCUACUGCAACAAGCAGUUCAUCUCAGAAGACAUCUUCAUCUAGUGGAGAUUAUUCGAUAAUGGUCAUUUCUGGUCGAUCAGUCACUUUGAUCUGUCCGGUGAUCGCUUAUCCAAUCGAGUCAUUGGUUUGGCAACAUCGAUCAGUCACAUUACCAAGCAAUCAUCGUCAUCAAAUCGAACCCAUUAUCGGCGGCGUGGGUGGCAAAUUGACCAUUCAGAAUGUUCAUCGUGACAAUGACCAAGGCGACUACGAAUGCAUCGUUAAGGGAUCUGAUGCUAGGGCUGUACACGGUUCGGUAAAAAUGGUUGUCCGUGUUGCCCCACUGAUCGAUGCACAGUUAAUACCGGCAACGACCGUGACCAAUCAAGGCAUGAAAGUCAAGCUUUUAUGUUCAGUUUUAGAAGGUGACCCUCCACUUCGUAUCAAAUGGUUCAGGCAUAAUGAACAUCAAACCAAUGUUUUGAGUCCAGUAACUACGAAUCAUGCGAUGGGUAUAUCAGUGCAGGAAGACGAAGAUUAUUCUUUGCUCACCUUUCGAAAUGUAUCCAUCCGUCAUGUUGGCAACUGGACAUGCCGGGCGUGGAAUGAUGUCCAAUCGGUGAAUCGAACUUCAUGUCUGAUCGUAAACGUAGCGCCAUCUUGGCUAAAAGAACCAAAAAAUAGUUAUCAAGUCGUGAUGGGAAACAGUAUUAUCAUCGACUGUUAUGCCCAAGGAAAUCCGAAACCUAGACUUUUAUGGAAAAAAUCCAUUGCAACACCAAGCGGUUCAAGCACAAUCAAUGGACCGGAAGAGUAUAGCAUUAAUGAACCGAUAGACUCAUUGUCGGCAAAAAUCCAAGUCUAUCCAAACGGCACACUUUGGAUUCAAGAGGUGGACAAGUCCGAUGCAGGAUUCUACAUGUGCGAAGUAUCAAACGGGAUCGGGGCUGGGCUGAGCAAAGUGAUACAGUUGGUCGUACAAUCACCACCUUAUUUUGCCACCAAAUUCCUGAGUAAAUCAGUGAGCAAAGGAGAGACGGCCUUGCUUGAGUGCGAAGUUCAAGGAGAUCCAGUACUGCAUAUUCAUUGGUACAAAAACAGAGCUUUAAUUCAUUCAUCAUCAUCAACGAAUAAGGCCGUCAGUGAAUCACCUGUAAAUGGCAGCAGCCACUCUGUGAUGCACACCUUGUACGACAAACGCUAUACGAUCAAACAGGAUGUCAUUUCUUCACAGAAAGUCAUCUCUUUCCUGCAGAUUGUCGCCGUAGACAGGCAAGAUUCAACAAUUUACACUUGUGUGGCCCACAACAAGUACGGCAAUGACAACACUUCAGUACAACUCAUUGUUCAAGAGGUUCCCGAUGCACCUCCAGGUGUUGAAUUAGUCGAGGUUUCCAGCAGAAGUAUCCAACUACAAUGGAAAUCACCUUAUUCAGGCAAUUCGCCAUUGAUUAGGUUCUAUGUGCAAUACCGUCGAGUGAAUUGUAGCUAUAUGAAGCAGGAGGAAUCCUUUUGGAAUGAGGAAUCCACACAUAGCGGCACAGAACUGAGACUCAUCGUCAAAGGAUUGAUGCCCAAUUGCUACUACGAGGUCAAAGUCAGUUCGGAAAAUCAAAUCGGUCGAUCCGAACAUAGCACGAAUCCAAUCAUUACGAAGACGUUAGAAGAAGUGCCCGGUGGUCCACCGACCGAUGUACAGGUGGAAACAACUUCAUCAACAUCGCUCAAAAUUAAAUGGCGGCCACCGCUUCGUUCCGUACAAUUUGGCCGUAUUCGAGGCUAUUACAUUGGAUACAAAGUCGCCGCCUCUGAUGAUCCGUUUCAGUACAAGAAUGUCGAUGUAGUCAACGACGAUCCAAUCAUAUCGCCAAUAAGCGAUCAGUCACAGCAAGUCAGCUACAUUACGAAUCUGAAACGCAAGACCAGUUAUAUAGUCAUAUUGCAGGCCUACAACAGUGUCGGUCCAGGACCUCGUUCGGACGAGAUUAAAAUAUCGACAUUUGAUUCUCAACCACCAACAUCGCCGUUGUUGGAAAUUAUUACCACCACCUACGAUAGCAUCAUGCUCAAAUGGGAUUCUAGUUUUCAGCAAUCGCACGGUCAUAACAUGGAGAACGACGUUGAAGAAAAAGAGUAUGUACUCUACUACCGUGAAGACCAGAAACCAUCCACCGAAUGGCAUCAGAAACGUAUCUAUGCAAAGUCAAACCAAUUUGUUUUGAAUAAAGAAAAUAGCCAGGGUCGUAUUCGUUGUGGCACAAAGUAUCACCUGUACAUGACAGCCACCAACAGUCUGGGCACUGGAGAGCCAAGUGAAACAGUGAUUGCUCGAACCAAGGGAGACACUCCCAUUGCGGCUAGUCGAGCUGAAUUCAUUGUGGCGAAUUCGACGACAGCCAUUUUGUCGCUAAAAUCAUGGCAAGCUCGUGGAUGUAUAAUACAGGCUUUCACCAUACAAUACAAACCAAUUCAUCAGAAGCAGUGGGUACCGUUAGUGGAAUAUUUGGAAGUUCGAGAUUACUUUUACGUAUAUCAUUUAAGUCCAAACCGUGAUUACCAAUUGCUGGUGAGUGCUCAUUGUGAACCAGGUGUUACUCAGCAAGAAUACACAUUCCAUACGCCCAACGAUUCGGCCGUUGUUCGUCUUCAUGGUGGUGGUGGUAUUGGAUUAUCUGCAUCGCCCAUGGAUCCUUAUCGAAUCGACUCUAUGCACAGUGGUCAUACGAAUGUCCACUUUCGUAACUUUACUGUCCUAUUGCCUGUGUUGAUAUCGUUGAUGGUGUUGAUUGUAAUAUUGGCCACAUUGUUCGGUUGUCUACGACGACAACAUGUCAAUCAUGUGGUCAAUUCGGUCGAAGGUCAUGGUUCCAUACCACCACCAGAUCUGUGUGCAAAGCAUCUUGCCCGAUAUAAUGGUAGCAAAGAGGGUGCCACCACAAUGCUAGUCAACAAUGGUAGACGUGAUAGCCUCGAGUGCUAUCCUAUGACAGAAUUCAACAAUGGAGUCACCACCACCACCACCACUGUCAACAACAAUGUGAUGGGGUCGUCAUCCUGUGCCAAUUCCUGUGAUUCAAAAUCAAACCUGUUGAAUGGCAACGUGAACAAUGAUCAUGGAACAUCAAAUUUUGCCACAUUGAAAUUUCUACAAGCCAAAGCAAACGGAUCUAUCGCAAUGGAACAAUCUUACUACUCUUCCCCUCAGCGAAAAAAUCUGCUAACUAAUCCAAACAGCCAUAGCCAUCUCCACCGAUUGGAUCAUGAAUACGCUGAACCAUUGCAAACGACAGUAGUCCACAAUGCUCGUUGUAGUAUGGGAGAUUUAUUGCUUGUUGUGGACAAUAAUACCAAUGUCAACAACAGCGUCGAAAAUUCCGUUACUGGGUUAGGUUUGGCUGACAAUCAACACUGCCAAGCGUUGGCUCUUUCCAUGGCCAACAACAACAAUAACAACAGCGAUGAUUCUUUGAGACAUCCACAACAACAACAUCCGGUAUCGAUGCAAGUUCAUUUGCAACAAACUGGAUGUACUUCGGCCAACGAUCAGCCCUAUUCGAUUAUAAGCAAAGCAACAAACACAGACCAGCCAUAUUUGUGAAUUGUGUGCCCAUUGCCACGCAUCACACUGUGAUAUAACCGAAUGCUCCCUCUCUUUCCCAACAUUCUAUUUGAUUACAAUCAUUCAAAUAUUCAUAUAUUCAUUUAUUUAUUUAUUAUUAUAUUAUAUUAUUCCACUUUUUCAAUGUGUUCUGUUUGUUUAUAUCAAUAACAACGUGUUUUCACUUUCA